AUGUCCUCCUCCGAGGCGAUCGACUAUGUGAAGAAGCCGGCGGUGGAGUUUAUCAAGGACAGCUGGCGCCUGGUGAAGCGGUGCACAAAGCCCGACAGAACCGAAUUUUCGAAGAUCGCGCAGGCCACGUCGGUCGGCUUCUUCAUCAUGGGCUUCAUCGGCUUCUUUGUGAAGCUCAUCUUCAUCCCGAUCAACAAUAUCAUCGUCGGCAUGCACAUAACUAAAAAUGACAAAAAUGACAUCGAGCGUGCAGCCACGAUGUGA